AAAAUUCUUCGAUAUGCAAAAUGCAAUUUAGUCAAAAAAAAAUACUAAUACGAUUUCAAAAAUAAUGUGGGGCAUUGCCUUGGGCUCUCAUGUCAAAAGAAUAAUACCAUUUCAUUCAAACCAUUUGCGUCACUACUCGUCAUCACAUUCUCAACUCCCAAACUAUGUUCAUGCCAAUUUACUCAAGAACGGGACUUUUGGGGAGUUAAGUGUCACUAAUUAUGUGCUCAGUCUUUAUAUAAAGUCUAAAGAUUUGGUCUGUGCAGUUCAAAUGUUUGAUGAAAUGCUUGACAGAGAUGUUCGGUCAUGGACAAUGAUCAUUUCAGGUUUGGUGCAAGUUGGUUCGUGUCGAAUGGCAUUGGAUAUGUUUGCUGACAUGCACAAGGAAGGCAUUGUGCCCAAUCAGUUUACGUUUUCCAGUGUUCUCAAGUGUUGUUCGAGGUUGAAUGAGGUUCGAAUGGGGAAGUCGGUUCAUGGGUGGAUAGUGUGUAAUGGGGUUUUCGUAGAUACUGCAUUGGAGAAUUCUGUUCUUGAUUUUUAUGUGAAAUGUGGGUCUUUUGAUUCUGCGAAGUUAUAUUUUGAGUUGAUGACUGAUAAAGACAUUGUAUCGUGGAACAUUAUGAUUAAUGCGUAUAUGCAGAUUGGCGAUAUGGAGACUGCCCUUGGUGUGUUCCGAAGGUUGCCUGUUAAGGAUGCUUCAAGUUGGAAUACAAUCAUUAGAGGGCAUCUACAAAAUGACAACUAUGGUAUUGCAAUGGAGCUUCUGUAUGAAAUGGUCAAAAGUGGAACUGCUCUUAGCAAAGAAACUUUCUCCAUAGCCUUUGGUUUAGUAGCUUCGUUAACAGCAUUGGAUUUAGGAAUGCAAAUUCAUGGCCGGCUGCUGCGCAGUGGAAUUCAUCAUGAUGGCUUUUUGAGAAACUCACUUGUUGAUUUUUAUUCCAAGUGUGGGGAAAUGGAGAAGGCUUCAUUUGUUUAUCAGGGAUUUCCUAAAUGUAAUGCAAGUGACCGGUGCUCCAAAAAUAAUAACAAGUCACUGCCUCAUUCUUUUUCACAAAGUUCAAUGGUUACUGGUUAUGUUCAAAACGGAAAGUUGCAAGAAGCUUUAAAGAUGUUCACUACAAUGGUCACUGAUAGGUUUGAGGUGGACAAGUUUACACUUACAAGCAUUGUUACCGGUUGUGCUAAUGCUGGUCUUUUGGAGCUUGGCCAGCUGAUUCAUGCUCAGAUCGUGAAAGCCGGUCAACCUUUUGAUAUUUUCUUAAGUUCCUCGAUGAUUGACAUGUAUGCUAAAUGUGGAGAACUAGAUGAUGCUUGGUCAAUAUUUAGAGAAACAAAAGUUCGGAAUACUGUGUUGUGGACUUCAGUUAUAUCUGGUUAUGGCUUACAUGGGCGUGGGAGGGAUGCUAUUCAGAUGUUCAAUUGGAUGUUAGCAGAGGGUAUAAAACCAAAUGAAAUUAGUUUCGUUGGACUCUUAACUGCAUGUAGUCAUGCAGGUUUGUUAAAUGAAGGCAUCCACUAUUUUAUGGUAAUGAAAGAAGAAUUUGGCAUCAAACCUCAAGUUGAACAUUUCACUUGUAUGGUAGAUUUGUUUGGGCGUUCUGGCCGUUUAGACGACAUAAAGGAUUUCAUUUCAAAGAAUAAGAUCUCAAAUGUCGCUUCAGUUUGGAGAUCAUUCUUGUCCUCCUGCCGAAUUCACAGAAAUAUAGAGAUGGCAAAGUGGGUUUCUGACAAACUCUUUGAACUUGAGCCACCAACAGCUGGAUCUUAUAUUUUGUUAUCAAACACGUGUGCUUCUGGUGACAAAUGGGAUGAUGUUGCUCAAGUAAGAGGUUUGAUGAAAGAUAUGGGACUUAUGAAGCACCCUGGUCAAUCUUGGAUCCAGUUGAAAAAUCAAGUCCACAGUUUUGUCAUGGGGGAUAGGUCACAUCCAGAAGAAGCUGCCAUUUAUUCUUACUUGAACGAGCUAAUUCAAAGACUAAAGGAAAUUGGUUAUUCAACUGAAGCGAAUAUUGUGAUGCAAGAUGUUGAAGAAGAACAAAAAGAAUUACUUCUUGCAUUUCACAGCGAGAAAAUUGCUAUAGCUUAUGCCCUCAUGAAAACUAGCACUGGAUCACCUAUUCGAAUUAUGAAAAACCUACGAAUUUGUACCGACUGUCAUAGCUUCAUGAAGUGUACGUCUUUACUUUUAGAAAGAGAAAUUGUUGUUCGAGAUUUACGCCGCUUUCAUCAUUUCAAGCACGGUCACUGUUCUUGUGGAGAUUAUUGGUAAGGUGAGGAUGAUCUACAAUGCAUGUGAACUUUUUCAUAAAGUUUCUCAAUAUUUGGAAACUUGUGGAUUUUAUUGUCACCAAUAAAAACAUCUCACCUUGUUCUUGAUCUGAGCUGCUACUCAAUCUAAUGUUUCCGUUAUCUGGUGAGCAUCAUCUGACAUAUACUUCCAUGUCAAUUACAACACCAGACGUCGUUUCCCACUAAAAGGUUAAUUACCAGCAGUCCUCUGUGGCUCCACUUGACAUUUAAUGAGUUUAAAUUUGAUCUUUCUCCAGAGCCACGAUUCGAUUUUGAGAGGGUGUGUUGACUAAGAGAUAUUCCAUUUACCAACAGCAUGAAAAUUUUGUACCUUACACAGAAAGGGAGGGGACAAGGGGUAAACACAGGCAGUAAACAACUGGCAGUUACAGGAGCAUUAACCAGAUUUACUUUGCCAAGGCAAAGACGACGAAAGAUAUGUAAUACGUGCCUACCUAUUCUAUAGUCACUUGAAAGUUGAAAUCAUGAGUUGUUGUGGAAGCAUAAUAUAUGACAUACAGGCUAGUUUUCCAGCAGGCAUUAGUCGAAGUUGGAAGUUGGUUAUACACCAGAUUCACAAACUCAUCAAGGAAAAUUAUGUGUAUGAAUACAAUCUGAUUGUAGGAGAGGGAAUGAUGGACCAGAUUGACAAAUUAUCCUACAAGGUUGAUGUUUGAGGCUUAAUUUUUUGGUGGCACCAUCUUCGAGAAGACGGACCAAAGUGUAUGCUAACUUGCUAAGGAUAAUCUUGAGCUCAAUGAAAAGGAAAUAUACACUGUGAAUGUGUGAGAUUCUGGAAGCCUAUGUGUAGUUUUCUUAACUCAAAUAUUCCUUUUCAGAGUAUAUAAUUGAAUACACUAGUAAAUUUGAGAGUUGAGACUUGCAUAUAUAGAAGCAUUGAAUUCAACUCUCAAAAGAAACCUAGUAAAUUCAAUAUGUAAUCUUGCAGUUCUAAAGCGGUUGAUCAUUAGUCUCUCUUGUUUUAGAGUUCAUACAUUAAGCUUUUCGAAAAUAUCGCUUUGUAAAUUUAUUAUGUAAAGACAAACUUCCAAGAAAAACUAUGCAUUCUUGCUGAUUUCUGUCAACAAGUUUAGCUAUUUAUAUAUUGUUGCUUGUUGAACCAAAGUCAAUAGCAUAACUCGAGCUCACCCAAUCGAACCUGAUUC